UCUGUUGUUCGCCGGAAAACACAUCAACAACAAGACCACAGGCCACACAAAGGAGGACCACCAAGGACGGCCCUUCCCUGAGCCUUGCCUGAGCCUUCUUCUUCUUCCUCCUCCUCCUCCUCUCUGACCCUUUGACCAUGGUUCGCACUCACCAGAAUUCCCCGCGAAAGGCGGGGCCAAAAAGCGCGCCGUUGAAGCCGCAGCCCGCAAACAGAUCGGCAAAACCGCUUUUGAACACCACGGACACGGGCAUCGGUUUAUCUCACGAUGAUGACCAAGGAUCGGAAACGGGUUCCUCGGCCUCUUCCGGUUUCUUGACCCACACUUCCAGUCUCAUUGAGGCCGGAAAGCUCAAGAAGAAAAAGAAAAUGUUGCUGGCCGCAUCCACGGCUAAUGCGGGUGCGGCGGCGGCCAAACCCGCUCCCACCGUGCCCGAUCACCCGGCCUUUCACGCCAAGAAAUCCUUUCCUCCGGCCAAAAAGGCGCCGCGAUCUUCGUUUCCCGCUCCCACGAAGAGUCCGCGGCAAAAUAUACCGCGCCCACGGCUGUCCGGUGGCGGUUACCCGCAGGGCACGCCCAAAAAACGACGCUAUCGCCCGGGCACCGUGGCCCUCCGUGAGAUUCGACAUUAUCAAAAGAGCUCGAAUCUACUCAUCCCGCGAUUGCCGUUCUCGCGUUUGGUCAAGGAGAUCGCCAUGGGCGUGUCGGCCAGCAUGAGUCUGCGGGGAUUGCGCUUCCAAUCGGCGGCCUUGAUGGCCUUGCAAGAAGCGGCUGAGGCGUAUGUGGUCAGUUUGAUGGAGGACACGGUGCUCUGCGCCAUUCACGCCAGACGUGUCACCAUCAUGCCCAAGGACAUGAGUUUGGCGCGGCGAAUCCGCGGUGAUUAUCGACACGAUUUCCACUAACGGAAACACGAUUUGUUUGAUUGAUUAUGACUGGACUGGUCAUAGUCCAGUACAGAGGGAGGGGGACGAUCCCGCGCGUAAUUCACGUCAUUAUGUACCUGCUAGAUGCUAGAUUCGAAUGAAAUGGACUUGAAAUGGAGUCGGUUGACUUGAGCAAGAAAUAAUAGGGUCGUUUAAGCGGCAGCCCACUCUUGAAUUCGUUUGACUUUUCUACUUCAGAA